AUGCUUCUCCCCGAAAGCGAUGCGUACUGCGAAACAGAAGCAUUCUAUGCCGGCGUGGUUCUCAACGGUCGUCGACGCUGCGCGUUUCCACAACAUUUUCGUAAAGGGUUUUUACCUGGAUGGGUUCGGCAACGCUGGAUAUUGGCAGCGGAACCAGAGUUAGCUCUGAGAAGUGGCUUACUGCAAACUUACUGCUGUGGCUGCAAUUUACAGCCUCGCUCUCGCUCCUAA